CGUGACAUUUCAACCCGAAUACGCCGCAUGUCUGAUCGAAGAACUAACGCAUCCUCACAAUAGUGCAAUGAGUUUGGCCACCGGCUACGGUCCCGAUAUUGCGGCUCUAGACAUUUCUGACAUGGGUUGACGAUCUGAUCACACCGCUGCCAUCACUCAUCAGCUGUUUAUCUUUCAUUGUGAACAACAAACAUAUUGGAACAUUCCUCCCUCAGCCAUGGAUACGCCCUACCCCGAGCUCGUCUGGACUCAGACGUCAUCUGGAACAUGGCAGCGAAGCAUCGACGAGGUCGAGGAGUUCUACUCCGCCAUGCCUAUCCUCUACGAGGGCAGCGGCCUCAUGUUCUUCGCCAUCACCGGCCACGUCUCCCUCACCUUUGACACCGCCGGCAUCAACAACCACUCCGAAGCCGAUAAGUGCGUCGAUGAAGCUUUGAAGAAUGCUUGGCUGGCCCUGCGUCACGAUCAUCCCACCAUCGCCUCCCAAGUCACCCGGGACCUCACAACAGGCAAAUGGACAAAGACAUACCAGCAACUCAAAGACGAAGCCGACCAGCAGUCCUGGAUCAACAAGACUCUUGUCCCUGUUACUACCGAACAAACUAGCGCAGAAUGGGCCAACUCACAGCCGCCAGCCCCAAAGAUCCCAACCCUCUUCGUCCUCAGCCCGCCAUCCAACACCACCAAUCUUAUCCGCCGCGACCUCAUCCUCCGCUCCCCCCACAAUAUCAUAGACGGCAUCGGCACCCUAACCCUCCUCAACAAUCUCAUCACUCACGCCUCAAAAGCAUUAUCCUCGCCAAACACCCCCACUCCCCUAUCCUUUACCGGCUCCGAAGCCGCAAACCUCAGCCCCCCCUAUCGCAUCGCAGCCAGCGUCCCCCCAACCCUCACCCAAUCCCAAACCAAACGCUUAGCCACUAUGGCCGCCCAGAAAUCCGCAGCAAUGAACCCCCCAUCCGGCAUCCAACUCAUCGACAUGCCCUACCGCCGCGGUAAACUCCUCCCUGGCCGCCACCAGCGCGUCGCAAUCACCCUCACGGAAGAGCAAACAGCCCGCCUCACAGCAGCAUGCAAAUCCGCCGGCGCGACAGUCACCCACGCCUUCCACGCCGCCAUCGCCCUCGUCGUCCGCGACAUCCAACCAUCAUCUACCCGCGGCCCAGAGGCAAAACGCGUGCGCUACGUGAACUACAUCCUCCGCAACGAGCGCGCAAGCUGCCAGCCGCCGUUCAACUCCGCAAAACACCCCGCUGCGCUGUAUCAUUCGGUCCCGGGGCAAAGUCUCAUCGUCGACAUGGACCUCCCCGCCUCAGACGACGAUGCCAAUUCAUCCCAUAACAAGGACGAAUUCCUCCCCGUCGUCCAGAUAAUGAAGGACUUCUACCACAGCGUCAAAGACGAUAAAGAGCACUAUGCCCUAGCCUCCACAAUCUGGGCCGCCGGGAACCCCACGGUCCCUCUGUCCCCUGACCCGCUUCCCGUGCCGCCGCCCAAGGAACAUCCUUCGGUGUCCAUCUCCAGCAUGGGUCGCGUCGACGGCAUCAUCGCGCCCAAGACGGGUGCGAUCGAGGCGUACGAUCCGUGGGUUACUGGCGAGGAGCUGGGGAACGGGCUGGGUCUGUUUUUGGGUACCUUCAGGGGCGAGCUCUGUCUUAGCGCUGCGUUCAAUGAUGCUUGGCAUACUGAGGCUGAUGUUCUUGAUUUCUUGAAACGGUGCGAAGCUGUGGUUUUCCGUGGGUUUGGGCUCUCGUUGGAGUGAAAGGGAACCUUGGUCUGAUCAUGACGGUCGUUGUGGGAAAGCCUCGAUUUUCGUCUCUCCAGGUGACAUCCUAGGUAUUGCCGAGAACCGAGAUAGGCUACCAGUUGUAGGUCAGCUUCUUACUUGGAUGACUUUUCCUAAA